GUAUAUUGGACAUAUUUUGGAAUCUAUGGGCGCUGCAGUUAAAGGGAAAAAGUAUGAAGCCAGAUACUGGCUAUACUACUUAUCCUUCAAAGGAGAAAACAGAGCUAUUGCUAGUGCCACUGCAGAAGAAAGCUCAUCAGACAAUGUUCCACUCAUCAAUUUCCCAAAGACUGCCAAGAGAAAGCAUGUGGUGAAGGAACCUGCUGAGGAAACCUCUGCUCAAAACCGGAGCCCUCAACAACUUGAAGAAGAAAUUCCUCAAGUCCAAAGCCUUCCAACCUCAUCACCUCAACCUCAAAUAGAUGAUGCAGAUGACCAAUUCUGGCAGCUCUACUAUGAUUGGAAAGCCUGGAAAGUUGGAAAUUCAGCAGAGCAACUGUUGAAUUGGGACCAACAACUGAAGAAUGAGAAGAUCAUCAAGAAGUGCUUGGGAAUACCAGUAAACUACAACUGUGAACAAAUUUUGGAUGACUACUGGGUAUGGCAAAGGAAUCCUGAAGACUUGCAUCUGGAAUACCUGGCCAACACACCAGUUUCAGACUUUGAAGCAGAUGAUGAAGAUCCUGCAGUCUUCAAGCUAGUUCUAACUGAAGUUGUAGAAGAGAAGGCAACCUCUCCCCCACAAGAACAGAACCAGGAAACAGCAGAAGAAGAAGAAUUUCAGCAACUAAUCCAAUCUCAAGUUUUGGAGAUUCUCACCACUCCUUGUGAGAUCUCCAAUCCUACUGAAAUUGAGAUCCCGGAGAAGUCAGCAGAAAUUCUGGAACAGUCAGCUCUUCCAGAAACAAUGGAGCAAGCUGUUGAAGCACAAACGAAUUCUGGAGAAGCUGAAAAGGAAACUCAAAUGGCAGAACUAGAGGUAAUCAAUUUUCAUUUCCAUAGCUCUUCCACCCCUACUCUUCCGGAUGAGAUACCGGAAAUCUGGAGAAAGAAGGUCCAAGGGCUGAUUGAAUCAGCCCUAGCAUCUCAACAUGCCUCCUUUAGGCAAGAGAUAGAGCAAAUGGAAGUCAGGCACACCCAGCUGAUAGAGAAAUCUGAAGGAAAACACAGCGCAGAUCACAAAGAAAUAGGCAAAUCAGUGCACAAGACUCUCGAGAUUAUCUCUCUAUUGAGUAAAACUGUGAGCAACACGAUGGAAAUAUAUGCCUCUGACAGUCAACUUCAACUCAAAGAGAUCAACAAAGUCAAAGAGCAAAUAGCGAGUGUUACAGUUAGUCUCCAAAAACAGAUGUCCCUUCUCCAAAUGGACAUCAGAUCAGCCUUAGCAGUAGCUUCUGCAAAUCAGGUAGUGACCAAAGACUACUUGAAGGUGAUCAUUGACAAUCAAAAGGAAGCAUACAAGCUGUUCAGACUUAUUGGCGCAAAUUCUGGAAACCGCAAGAUGGAAGUAAUUCUCCAACAACACAGUCCAUCUCCAAUACCACAGCUCCCUAUUGCAGUCAAAGAAGGAGAAGUAUCUUAUAUUCCUUCUCAUCUGAACUUGACAAAUCUAAUCCUUGAAGCACANAACCUGUCCAGAAUUCCUAAACAAGCACUAGAAGACAAACAGAGUAAAGUUCUACAGUCCAGAAUACUUGAACAACAGCUAGAAGACGGACUCUAUGGAAAAAGGAAUCUCUCCUUUAACAAAUGGAUGUUCAUGAGCGAGGGGGAGAUGGAAGAGAAUGUUGAUGCUUUUAAGGUCGUUUGUGAUGCAUUGGAAUAUGGAUGGAGCUUGACUAAUCCAUGCGAUGUUGAUAUGAUAUUCUUCCCAGUAAUGCAAAACCAUUGGUGUUAUUGCAUAUGUGUGAACCUGAAAGGGAAUAGGGUUGAUAUUCUCGACAGCUCAUCAGCGGGCGUUGCAAAGAUUAAUAAAUAUGACAAGAUGCCAAGCGUUGUUCGAGACAUGGUCGUAAAAUAUUUCAAGAGUAAAGGACUGGAUGGCCGGGUCGAGAAACUGAAGAUGCAAGAACCGAAACGAUUGCAACUGGCGUGGAGAGAUUCGUCUGCUGUAUUCGAUUAUGGUGUGAUUACAAUGCGGGACAUGGAGACGUACACAGGGCAGGCAUUGAAGCAGUGGGAAUGUGGCUUGAAAAAAGGGGAUGAGAGGGCGGUGAAUGCACUUCAUACAAAGUAUUGUGCUGCGAUAGUCGAAUCAGAUAUCAACGAGGUUAAGGACAAGAUAAGGCAGCUGGUGAAGCACUCGAGUGGUUGAAGACUACAUGACUUGAUUACAAAUUCAUGUUUCUGAUGCCUGACUUUUUCAUGGGG